GCCCGCCGCCGAUGUGCGGCCGCCUAAACGGCCUCCUCCGCCUCACUCCUCGCCGCCCGCUGCCGCCGCCCCCACCGCUGCCGCCGCCGCCGCCGCCGCCGAGGACCCCGAGCGCCGCUGCCUGAGGUGCGGGGACGCGUGCCCGGGCUUCGCGCCGCACUUCUGGAGUUAUUAUAAGUCUUUAAAAUAUGAUGAAAUUCAUCAUAAAAUUCAAGAUAAAUAUCAUGUUAACAUUGCCCAAAAUAACCUGAUUCAACAAUCAGUAACGUGUCCUGAUAAUCACAAACUUCCAACACAACAAAGAAUUGCAAUUUUACAAAGUUCGAAGAUCACUAUAAAAAUUAAGCUUCAAGAAAACAAAAAGUUAGUUGAUACAUUUUGUAAUAAUUUCAACAUUCUUCAUUUCACCGGACAAAACUCGUGCAACAUUAAUAAAAUGAGUACAAUUUUUAUAACAAUGGAAUGUGACAUCUUUUAUCUAAAGAAGAAAAAUUUCCAGCGAACUAAAUUGCAGCCGGUCAUAAAUACGUA